GUGUUUUAGUAUCAUAACCCUCUGACUGCAAUACAAAUAAGCAGCUCAUUCGUCUAGGUAAAACUGAGACAUUGAAACUUGUUACUACAUCAUGAAACGCGGAAUUCCCCAGUUUCUAGGCCCAUUUUUUUUGGUGCUGCUAGCUUUAGCAAUCGUCGAGUUCAAUGGCAACUUUGCAGCGGAGAUUGUAAAUGUGAGGGAAAUGAAAGUUGAACACAGGUCGGAUGACUUUGAAAGCCUAAGAACAGAGACACGUGAUCAUCACCAUGGACAUGGACAUAGCAAUGGUUUUUUCCCAUCAAAAUCACAUAAUAAACCAAAAAAACCUAAAUCGAGUUACGGAACACCAAGACCUCAAUACGGAGCACCCACCAAGUCUUACUAUUCGCCCCCAAAAGGAAACUAUGAAAGUUCAUCUUAUAGCAAACCAUCUCCAGCCUACAACCCCCCGCCUUACCGUCCUCCAGUCUAUUCUUCUCCCAGUUACAGUCCUCCUAGUUACAAUCCUCCAGCAUAUGUUCCUGCAUACACAGAACAAGUUCCAGCUUACCAACCACCAGCUUAUUCUCCUCCAGCUCCAGCGUAUAGCCAACCCUCUUAUCCUUUGCCGUCAGAGCCUGAAUACCCAGGUUACAAAGUCGCCCCGGAAUCAUUUAAGGGUGUCGAUAAGGCAGUCUCUAAUUAUGAUGAUUUUCCAACUUUUGACGAAUUCUUUAAAAAAAGCUUAAAAUUUGAUCAGUUUAAAAUCUGAGUAUGUUAGAAUGUUCCCAGCGCACAUGAUAGCAUAUUUAACUUUGCAGUUUUCACUUCAACUUCUUCAACAUUUCAUUUUGUUAAAACAUGUUAUCCGAGCUAAUCCGUUUCCGCACCGCAACAUUUUCACAUUUGUCGUUAAUUUCACCCGUAUUUCAAAAAAUUAUCUGUACAUUGUUGUUUAUUGAAUAAACAUGUGUACACCAA